AUGUCAGCCGCUCCCAUGGACGUCGAAGAACAACGACUCCCUGGCAUUCUAGUCUACGAAGUCAGAAUCUACCCUCGUCCUCUCCGUGUCCGGAAUGAUGUAGACGAGAAGUGGGCUUCCAGGUGCACUAUCUACACCCUCACAGUUCUUUGCUUGUUCAUGGUCUUCUUCAACCUCGCCACCUACUAUCAAGACAAGCGCGAUCAUAACAUCAACAACGAAGACAAUGACCGGUGCUCAAACCAGCACGACACGGCGCUCGGCUUGGCUUGCAUCCUGGGCCUGCUGGGAGCCGACCAUUGGUAUGCUCAUCGUUGGCUGCUUGCCGUCCUCAAGUCGAUGUGGGCAUUUUUGGAGGCUGGGCGUUUUCUCAUUUACCGCUAUGGCGGCAAAUAUGAUCCUCAUUCCGCGGGUACUCCUCCAGGCUUGUUUUGGCUGUCGACAAUUUCGUUUCUGAUGAUGAUCGUCACUAUUUUUUGGUGGCCGAUCGAUGCGAUGCUUUGGGGAACGGGUGUGUAUAGUACCCCAGGUUGCAUGGGUCCUAUCGGGAUUCGAGAAAUUUCAAAGGCACACAGGCCGUGGGGCUUGGACGAUCUGGGGAAUUUGUUGCCAUGGUUUGAUUGUAGCUUUCAUUGUUGUAAGGUUCUUUUUCUUUGCUCACGAACAAGCGAGUUGAGCUGGGACAAUCCUUUGAUACUUGGAACUGAAUGA